AUGCCUACCUGUGCUAUUGGCAAUAAGGCUCCAAAGCAGGUAGACAGUGCGGCUGAGCUUUUCCAGCAUCUUCAAAGUGGCCAAAAUGUUUUUGUCCAGGGUGGCGCUAUGACACCUACCAUUUUGGUUAAGCAUCUUUGUCAGUACGCUAUCGACAAAGACUUAACUGACAUUAAAACCGUCCAUAUUCACACUGAGGGGGAAUUCCCUGUUAACGACGAGUCUGUUAAGCACCGCUUUCGUAGCACUUCUCUUUUCACCGGUGGAAACUGCCGUAAGGCCAUCGCUUCUGGUCAGGGUGACUAUGUUCCUAUCUUCCUUCAUGAAAUUCCCAAACUUUUCCGGAAAGGAAUUAUACCCCUUCGCUAUGCUCUUAUUAACGUCUCUCCCCCUGAUCAUCACGGCUUUUGUUCCAUCGGUUGUAGCGUAGAUGUAACAAGAAGUGCCCUAGAGGCCGCCGAAAUCAUUGUUGCCCAGAUUAAUCCCCAUGUUCCUCUCUGUAAGGGUGAUGCUGAAAUCCACAUCAGUAAUAUCGAUUACACAAUUGAUGGACCAAUGCCUCUGUACGAAUUAGCGUCUAAGCCAAGCUCUCCACAGGAGAAGAAAAUUGCUGAGCUUAUUGCCAGUGAAUUAGUUGCUGAUGAGGCGACUCUUCAGACAGGAAUUGGUUCAAUUCCUGACUCCGUUUUAGCUCUUCUUGCUAACCACAAAAAUUUGGGUGUUCACACUGAACUCUUCUCUGAUGGACUUGUUGACCUCUUUAAAAGUGGAGCUGUCACCAAUGCUAAAAAGCGCCUCUUUCCCGGCAAAAUCGUCUCCAGUUUUAUCAUUGGAACCAAAAAGUCUUUCGAUUUUGUUAAUGCCAACAACGGCAUUGACUUACUAGACAUCGCGUGGACGAAUGAUCCUUCAAACAUUGCUCAAAACCCACGUCCUACUGCAAUCAACUCGUGCAUUGAGAUUGACAUCACCGGUCAGAUUGUUUCUGAUUCUAUUGGUUCGCGAAUUUACUCCGGUUUUGGUGGUCAAGUUGACUUUUUACGAGGCGCUGCUAUUGCCAGGGACGGUCUAGGUGUCCCAAUCAUUGCUCUGGCCUCAACCACCAAAAAAGGCCAAUCAAAAAUUGUGCCCUAUCUUCAGAAGGGUGCCGGUGUUGUCACCACAAGGGCGCAUGCUCAUUACGUUGUAACUGAACACGGUAUUGCCUUUCUCUUUGGCAAAUCCCUUCGUCAGAGGGCUUACGAGCUGAUCCGUAUUGCCGAUCCUGCCCAUAGGGAACAGCUUGAAAAGGAUGCCUUCGAAAUUCUCAAAGUCAUGCCCUCACGUGACUAG